GGCUGACAGCUUUAUCUUUGCCUUGUGACGGGUGGCCGGUGGUUUCCUGCCAACAGUUUCUGUUUCCGGAGGCCCAGCAGGGCCCAGGCGGAGCCAGGAGGGACAGAGGGGCUGGGCCUGGGUGGCCCUACCAGCCCCACCCCCAUCUAUCUUUGGGAAUUUAUUUGUCCACAGGCACGGCUGGCCUACAGUUCAUUGCCUGCCAGGGGCCAAGAGCUGCUCUGAUCACCCAAAGAUUCUCCCUUCUAACCCAAGCACCUCCAACUGACCUCUGACUCCUGACCUCUGGUCCCACCUGCCCUGCCCUGACCUUCGUAAGGGGCUGGGAAGCCCCUAGAAGCUCUGCUGUAGACGUGGGUGUUGGCGUCUGGCUCAGCUAGAGAGCAAGAGCUGUGCAGGGGCUCAGCUCUUGGCUCUCAGCCUGGUCCACGAUGGCUCGGCGGCUCCAGGAUGAGCUGACCGCCUUCUUCUUUGAGUAUGACACUCCCCGAAUGGUACUCGUGCGCAACAAGAAGGUGGGCGUCAUCUUCCGCCUGAUCCAGCUCGUGGUUCUGGUCUACGUUGUUGGGUGGGUCUUUGUCUACGAGAAGGGCUACCAGUCCUCCAGUGGCCUCAUCAGCAGCGUGUCUGUGAAACUCAAGGGUCUGGCUAUGACGCAGUUCCCGGGCCUGGGCCCCCAGGUCUGGGACGUGGCUGACUACGUCUUUCCAGCCCAGGGAGACAGCUCCUUCGUGGUCAUGACAAAUUUUAUUGCGACCCCCCAGCAGGCUCAAGGCUACUGUGCAGAGAAUCCAGAAGGGGGCACGUGCAAGAAUGACAGUGGCUGCACUCCAGGGAAGGCAGAAAGGAAGGCCCAAGGCAUCCGCACGGGCAAGUGUGUGGCCUUCAACAACACUGUGCGGACUUGUGAGAUCUUUGGCUGGUGCCCCGUGGAAGUUGAUGACGACAUCCCACGCCCCGCCCUUCUCCAAGAAGCCGAGAACUUCACUCUCUUCAUCAAGAACAGCAUCAGUUUUCCACGCUUCAAGGUCAACAGGCGCAACCUGGUGGAGGAGGUGAAUGCCACCUACAUGAAGACCUGCCUGUAUCAUAAAACCUCACACCCGCUGUGCCCUGUCUUCAAUCUCGGCUACGUGGUACAACAGUCAGGACAGAAUUUUAGCACCCUGGCUGAGAAGGGCGGGGUGGUGGGCAUCACCAUUGACUGGAAUUGUGACCUGGACUGGAACGUACGACACUGCAAACCCAUCUAUGAGUUCCACGGGCUGUAUGAGGAGAAAAAUCUGUCUCAAGGCUUCAACUUCAGGUUUGCCAGGCACUUCGUGGAGAAUAGGACCAACCACCGGCACCUCUUCAAGGUUUUUGGGAUUCGCUUUGACAUCCUCGUGGAUGGCAAGGCUGGGAAAUUUGACAUCAUCCCCACAAUGACUACCAUUGGCUCUGGGAUUGGCAUCUUUGGGGUGGCCACAGUUCUCUGUGACCUGUUGCUGCUCCACAUCCUGCCCAAGAGGCACUACUACAAGCAAAAGAAGUUCAAGUAUGCGGAGGACAUGAGGCCAGAGGCGGGUGAGCAUGACCCCGCAGCCACCAGCUCCACCCUGGGCCUGCAGGAAAACAUGAAGACAUCCUGACCCUCAGCCCUCAACUCCUGACUGGACACAGCGUGAGGCCCUGAUGGGGUCCCAGCCAGAGCAGAAGGGUCUCCUCAGGAACUCUCCCGCCCUCUCAGCUAGGCAGACACUGGGUUGCCGAUAGUUCAUGGUGGACACUGGGAGAGACUUGCACAAUUUUGAGCUCUGGC